CAAUCAGAUCCCCGCUCUCGCCGUAGUCACUUCACGGGGCGGAGCAUCUUUAUUCUGCCCAAACAUCCGUGUAUUUACUCAGGGUUAGGGCCAACCGUGCGCUUAUUACUGUCUGUGAGUGCUACAAGUACUUUUGCUGAUCACAGAAUUAAACAAGACCAAGUUAAACUGAGAAACGUACACAUAUGAUUAGGAUAAGUGUUUGGUCAUUCAAUUUGCCGUAGACUCUCGCCGUGAACUGUGCUGUGAGUGUUGGCUACGCGACCUUAGUUGACCUGUUGAGCUGCGUGUGGCCGGCGUGACCCUCCGUGGCGACAACAGUCACGGUGUUUUGUUGUGUCCUGUUGCUCGCCUGCACAAGUCCCGCCGGAGGAAUAUGUACAGUGCGUGAUCGGUGCGUGUAGACAGUGUCUCCAGUAGUGUUGUGAAGCGGGCCACCAUGUUGUCCCAGAAGUUAUACAGUGACACCAUGACGCCCAUGAGUUCGGCGGCGCCUCCCGUGUCGCCCAUGUCGCAAACGACGUACGGGAUGAACUCCAUGAACAGCAUGAUGGGCAUGAACACGUACCAGCAGCGCCUGCCGCCCAAUAUGGACUUCUCGUCUUCCAUGACAGGUAUUGGGGCCAUGGGCAUGGGUGGCCAGUGUAUGAGUCCAGGGAUGACGGGCAUGGGGGCAUUCCCGCCCAUGAACAGUUCCAUGCAACAGAUGAACGGCAUGAGUGGGUGUAUGAGUGGCAUGGGCGGCAUGAACCAGAUGGUGCCGUACGGACGGGAGCUGCAGGAGCCCGACAGUCCCGUCUCGUCGGCGCUGCAGAGGGCGCGGCAGGACAAGACGUACCGACGCUCGUACACGCACGCCAAGCCGCCCUACUCGUACAUCUCCCUCAUCACCAUGUCCAUCCAGAACUCCCCCAACAAGAUGGUGACCCUGUCGGAGAUCUACCAGUUCAUCAUGGACCUGUUCCCGUACUACCGGCAGAACCAGCAGCGGUGGCAGAACUCCAUCCGCCACUCGCUCUCCUUCAACGACUGCUUCAUCAAGAUUCCCAGGACGCCCGACAAGCCCGGCAAAGGCUCCUUCUGGUCGCUGCACCCCGACUCGGGCAACAUGUUCGAGAACGGGUGCUACCUCCGCCGCCAGAAGCGGUUCAAGUGCGAGAAGAAGGAGGCGCUGCGCUCCACCAAGACGCCGCACCAGGGCCAGACGCAGCACCAGAGUCCCAGCUCGGCGCCCACCAAGCAGGAGAGCAGCGACGAGGCCGACUCCAAGAUGGAGACGGCGCUGGCCUCGCCGGGCCAUGGCCACGGCCUGCACAACGGCCACCACGCCCAUGUCAGCCAGCAGCAGCCUCCGCCGAGCGAUCCUGUGUCGGGCAUGACCCAGCUCCUGGAGGCCGCCACCAAGCUCGAGCCUCCGGAGACGGGCUACCAGAUGCCGCCGCCCUCCGUCAGCGUGGCUGACAAAUACACCGCUGAGCAGCAGCAACAGCAACAGCAGCAACAACAGCAACAGCAGCAGCAACAACAGGAACAGCAACAGCAGCAUCAGGCCGCCCAUCUCGGCACACCGACCGCCCAUGACCUGCACGCCGCGCCGCCCCUCCAUCCGUCCCUCCUGAAGGACUACACCGCCUCCGCCUACCUGAAGGAUUACUCCAACGGACACCUGAAGGACUACGGCGGCUAUCUGAAGGACUACAGCGGCCACUUGAAGGACUACGACCACCUCAAGAACUACCCCGCCCCCGCCCACCCCUUCAGCAUCACCUCCAUAAUCGCUGCCGAGAACAAGGAUUCCUACGGCGGGUAUUUGAGUCCUCUCCCUCCUGCGUCCACCGCCACGCCCUCGCACCACGGCAUGGGCGGCGACCACGGGGGCUACUACCCGCCGCCGCUCUACCACCACACCACCACGCCUCUCUGAUGUGGGCGGGGGUGGUGAUCCCCUCAACACCUCGCCCACCCGACCCCUGUAAAUAAUGUGUGAAUGUCCAGUGUGUGGAGAGUCUGCAGGUAGACCCAGCAGCAAUCUGUAGACGUUAAGAAAAACGUAAAUAAUGAGGUACGUUGUGGAGUCCUGAGCUGUGUGAGCUUAUCUGGUAUUGGUAUGGCAGAUGGCUUGUCGAGAGAGAGGGUUUAGCGGCCACUUCCAGCGGGGCCGGAAUUCGUAAUCGGAAAUUAUCCCUUGUUAUGAAAUAUACCCCGAUGCUUCGUUAUGUGUGUGUCUCCUUUCUCUGCAGUCUUGCAUCUAUUAUUAUGUCAUUUCAGAACCCCAUGUUUUAUGUAGUAACCGUUGUCGGGCUUCUAAUCUUGUCUCUCAUUCUUUUUGUUAGCCUUGGAUGUACUUCUAAAGAAAUAUAUUUUCAUAUUUUUCUAAGACCAAAAAGAAAAAGAAAAGAAUAACUCUUUUUAAUUUGUCAGCUCUUCUUCUAUCAUGAUGUUACGCUUCACGUGGAAAUUACAACAACAAUGGCAGAAUUUAAUCCCGUUUCGGCUUACCCUCUAAAAAAAUACUUAAUCCCCCCUCCCCCCUACCGUCGCCGGCCGCCCGCUGCAGGAGGCGGCGACGAGGGCGACCUGCACGCACAUAUCCUGAAGUCAUGUACCCUUUACGUUAUAAACCCUGAACUUCAUAAACCAGAACUCCCGGAAACAUCGAAAUACUUAACUGCCGCGUUUCUAACAGGAGACUUCCACAUAGGCCAAGGAAUAACAGUUUUGUUCCCUUUGAAAUCUCUCCAACAUGCAUCUGGUUCUCUGUUUUUUUGUUAAAACUAUGAUCUGGUAGAUUUAGUAGUAUAUGUAUAUUUUUCAUGUAUUUGUUAUUGAAUCUUAUUUUGUUUUUUAUAUAAAAAUAAAUCUGGGAAAAGACCACAUUUUGUUCUCUUCUUAUCAAAAAGCAAAUCCGGCCUUAGCAACAAGAGGCAUGUAUGUCGCUUGGCCUGUGGUAUCACAAUCUUGCUAUCAUUCAGACAUGGUUUCACGUCACUUUUCAAUAAAUAUAUCAGAGUUUAAGCGGUUGUUAAAACAAACCAUCUGGCUAUCAGUAGAGAUAAGCAAUAUCUCUGUGACCGUCAAAGCUUUCGUCAGAAGCUUGCAGCUGCAUAAUCAGCAAUACAGAGCGGCUGUCGGGGCGGUGUCGGCAGGGAAGAAUGUCUCCUUGAUGGAAAUUUAAUCAAUCACUUCACUUAAAUGCAUCGGCUAAUUGCACAACUUGAUAUAAACGCUCAUCUCUUCAGCGUUUCUUCACAAAACCCAUCGACUGCGUAAUAUAAAUAUCACAGAUAACUUGACAACCAAACUUUGAUUAAAUAAAUAACGAAAAUACGGCGACAUUCCUCCUCCCUUCUGCCGCUGACACCUCGCUCUUGGCCCCAGCUGUCACGACUGCAGUUACUUGACACUUUGAAGGAUCCCACACAACCGAUUCUUACUGUGAUAAUGUCAUACGUUUAGCGCGAUUUAAACACCCCUCAUGUAUUUCCCUUGAAACGAAGUAACGAUAGAAAUUAACUCUUUUAAUUAAGGAAUUAUUUAAGAUACGAUUGUAAAGAUGCACAUCAGUUUGACGCUUACUAUAUCCCCUCUGUCCUCUUUUUUCGAUCCACCUAAUAUUUAGGCGAAAUAAAAUUCACUCAAGUCAAAUUGAUGGUCAGUCAUUUUAUAAAUUGAAAAUUAAAAAAAGUCUUUGCCAUUAUCACCUUGUAGAACAAAGAACUUUCCAGGAAGAUUUUGUGCCAAGCGCCGAGGUGUCAUUUAGGAAUGACUACAGUAUGGCGCUAUUUAUUUAUUCAAUCAUUUAUUUAUCAGUAUUUUUUUUAUAUAAAAUCUCUUCUCGGAUAUCGUCGUUGCUUGUAACUUUUCCGAAUGUCUCUUAUGUCUCAAAUCUUAAUAUUUUUCUCUGGUUAAAGAUCGCUAAGCCACUGGUAACACAAACCUAUCAAUAUGAAAAUAAAAAUUCGAAAACACUUAGUUAUAACAUCAUGAGAACUUGUCAACUUGGUGAGCUUUCGGAACAUGAUUUCGGAAACCUUAAUCUACAUGUCUACUCCCCCUCCCCCCCUCCCACCUCUCGUUCCACCCCCAUCCCCCCCCUCAACCUCAUCUGAAGGGUGUGUGGGGGUGGGGAUGGGGGGACUGGUAGAUAUCGUCGCAUGAUCGACCCGCGGUUGAUGUUAUCGUUUGCAAAAUCGAUAGAAUUGGGCCGAAAAAGCACGCUAACUAGGGGGACAUAGCGUUAGGAGGGAGGGAGAGAGAGGGAGGUCGGAGAUGGGGAACGGGGAUGUAGGGAGAGAGGAAGGGGAGGGAGAAGAGGGGAAAGGAAGAGGAGAAAGAAGAAGAGAAGGAAGAG